ACAACACACAACUUCAGCUUUGAGGUAAAGCGUAAACUUUAAAAGAAAACAGAACAGAGAUGGGUUUGGUCACAGAGGAGGUGAGAGCUAAGGCAGAGAAGUACACCGGAGAUGAGAUAUGCCGAGAGAAAACAAAAGUCUUCCUCAAGGAAAUAUCUAUGCCCAAUGGCUUACUACCGUUGAAGGACAUUGAAGAGGUUGGGUACGACAGAGAGUCAGGUGUUGUGUGGCUGAAGCAGAAACAGAGCAUCACCCACAAGUUCGAAACGAUCGAUAAGCUUGUCUCCUACGGAACCGAGGUCACUGCCGUUGUCCAGACGGGUAAGAUCAAGAAGCUCACUGGAGUCAAGGCCAAGGAGCUUCUCAUCUGGGUCAGUGUCAGUGAGAUCUAUACAGAGGAGAAAGAGAAGAUCACGUUCAAGUCACCAACCACACUGUCCAGGACUUUCCCUGUCCCAGCUUUUAUUGUCCCAGAGGAAGUGGAACCUGCCAAGGAAGAACCUGUCAAGGAGAAGAGCAGUGAAGCCGCCGAGGUUACGGAGGCUGUUGCAGUCAAGGAGGCCUAAUCAAGCCGAGAGUUAGUAGUGUUUCUCACUGCUCUUACGCUCAUGUAUUACUACCACUCGUUUCUGCUUCUUUUACUACCUGUAAUAAGAUGUCACCAACAUCCUCCUGUAUACAAAAAAAUACCGAAAUUAUCUAUAACUACAUUAAAGCUGGUUA